CCUCUCCUACAAUCGAUUCCACCGUGAACAGCUCGUCAGCCUUGCCUUCCACCUGCACUACGGCAGCAUCACCGUGAUACAAUAAACUAGGCAAUAUUACCACAUACUCAGGCAUGGCGGACCCAAGAAUACGACAAAUUAAGAUCAAAACCGGCAUCGUUAAACGGCUGGCUAAAGAGAAGACUUCCUAUAUAAAGGAAGCCAAGCAGCUAGAGGAGAAGAUUGAGCGCCUGAAAACAGAAGCAGGAGAUGAGUACUUCAUCAAGAAACAGAUGGAGGUGUUGCAGGAGUCCAAAAUGAUGAUCCCAGACUGUCACCGUCGGCUGGCCAUCGCACACGCAGACCUGCUUCAGUUAUUAGAAACAGAAGAGGAUAUGGCAGAAACAGAAGAGUACAAAGAGGCCAGAAAUAUGUUGGACUCAGUGAAGCUUGAAGGAUAAUUUUCUGAUGAUUGUCUGCUACAAUCUCUCGCCUAAAUCUCCAUUCCUUUCUUGAGCUCUUGUUCCAGGCAAACUUAAGUCUGUUGAUCUUCACUUUCUUUAUGUAAUUAUUUCUCCUAUUGUUUUUAACAUGCCACUGCUAUUAAAGUUGCCCUUAUGUGAUCACCAGAAAACCAUAAUUUUUUUUCUUUAAUACAUAAGAGAUCUGAAGAAGAUUUAUUUCCCUCGCGCACACACACACACUCAGACACUAGGCUUAAAUGUGAAGGUUGUUUGUUUCUUUUCAAUGAGGCAGAGUUUUGUGAAGAUGAUUCGAUUCAGUAUUGAUCUAGAUACUUCAAUAUUGAUUUCGUAUCAAGUAAAACUGCACAAGUAAUUCAUUAGAGUACCAGAUUAUGAUAAUUAUUUAUUUAGUUGGCCCAAUUUAACAACCAAGGUGUAAGUCAGCAUUUUGAGAAAUAAAACAUCUGAAAAUAAAACUUCAGCACAAUAAUACUAGCUCUGAAUAUGAUACAGUAAAGUAAGUAAAAACAGAUAUGAAAGUGCUGCCAGUGGCCAGAGGUUCUGUGAUGGAAAGAACUGUAUGAUCUGCUGGGGCAUUGCUCAGAAUGCACAGGACGCAAGAUGUUUUUUCUUUGAAAUUCCUUAAUGACGUAGUGCACUGAAUUGUAGUGUAUUUGUUUGUGGGCUAAUAUGUGCGUCAACAUUACCUUUAAAUAUAGAACAAUAUAUGAGGCAGACAGCCGUAAACAUCUCAUUUGCUGGUUUAUAAAUGCACAGUCUAAUAAAAUCUGUGUGUUAUAGUGAGCUUUCAGUUAUAAUUUAUAUUAAGAUUAUUAUCACAAGAGCAACACAAGAUCCUUCUUUUGUUACGUGUGUAAAAGCUGCUUUUUAUAUUUCUGUUUCCAAGUGGUACCAUCACCAGUGGUGACUGAUUGUCUUCAGGAGGUUUGCAUGUUUCCCGUCUGUGUGUUUGUCAGUCUGUCCUACAGUCAAAAACCAUUAGGUAAUUGUUCACUAAUAUAAUAAAUGUAUAAAAAUA